GUUUCCUGUUGGUGGAGUUUAGUAGGAGAAAGUUUCCUGAACUUGUUAAAGUGAUCUUGGAUUGAAACUGGCAUGAAUCCUUUCAACCAGCACCAGCUUCUAUUGCUGACACUGAUCUUGACUCGGGAAGUCAUCUGCGGUCAAUCUUCCUCAGAUCCAUCACCAGUCACUGGACUUAAAGCAGUAAACAGGACAACAAAUUCAUUAACAAUUGAAUGGAUACAGCCAAAUGAUACAAGAGCCAAUAAAUAUACCUACAGAAUUAUAGUCACUAAUGUGAUUAAAGGUAGCAGUUCGAUCCACAACACACCAAAAGGCCAGACAAAAUUCACAGUGGAAGACCUGGAUCCUGUAUAUGAGUACACACUAUCAGUACAGUCAGUAACUCCGGAGGACACACUGAGCUCUCCUGUGAAGGUGACAAGCACCACAAAUCCAUCACCAGUCACUGGACUUGAAGCAGUAAACAGGGCAACAAAUUUAUUAACAAUUGAAUGGAUACAGCCAACUGAUACAAGAGCCGAUAUCUAUACCUACAGAAUUACAGUCACUAAUGUGAUUAAAGGUAGCAGUUCGAUCCACAACACAACAAAAGGCCAGACAAAUUUCACAGCGACAGGCCUGGAUCCUGGAGAUCAGUACAUGUUAUCGGUUGUGUCAGUAACUCCGGAGAACACACUGAGCUCUCCUGUGAAGGUGACAAGCACCACAAAUCCAUCACCAGUCACUGGACUUAAAGCAGUAAACAGGACAACAAAGUCAUUAACAAUUGAAUGGAUACAGCCAACUGAUACAAGAGCCGAUAACUAUACCUACAGAAUUACAGUCACUAAUGUGAUUAAAGGUAGCAGUUCGAUCCACAACACAACAAAGGGCCAGACAAAUUUCACAGCGACAGGCCUGCUCCCUGGAGAUCAGUACACACUAUCGGUUGUGUCAGUAACUCCGGAGGACACACUGAGCUCUCCUGUGAAGGUGACAAGCACCACAAAUCCAUCACCAGUUACUGAACUCAGUCAAGUAAACGGGACAACAGAUUCGUUAACAAUUAAAUGGACAAAGCCAAAUGAUGCAAGAGCCUCUACCUAUACCUACAGAAUUACAGUCACUAAUGCAAGUGGUACCAUUUGGACCAGCAAGACAGAAAAAGAUGAGACAACAUUCACACUGAAAAGCCUGGAUCCUGGGGAUCAAUACAAUCUAUCAGUGCAGUCCGUAACUCCGGAGAACACAUUGAGCUCUCCUGAGGAGGUGUCAAGCACCACAAAUCCAUCAUCAGUCACUGAUCUCUCUGUGGUCAACAGGACGACGGACUCAUUUGCAUUAAAAUGGAAAGCACCAACUGACUCAAGAGCCCUUUCCUAUACCUACAAAAUCACUGCUACCACUGUUAAUAGCAGGUCUAACAACAUAGAUCCAAAGUCUGGCCUAGGCAAAGUUUUAACAACAGAUCCAGGCAGUACGGAGUUCAUAGUGAGGGAACUGAUUCCGGGGGAAGAAUACAAGCUAACCGUGGAGUCAGAAACUCCCGAGAACACCCUGAGUGCCCCUUUGAUGGUGACAAGCACCACAAUUCCUGAUACUAUUUUGAACUUCCGCUGCGCUGGGCGGACAGGAUACACGAUCAGGGUGGAGUGGAAUGAACCGAAGGGCACAUUUACCAGUUUCAAAGCCAUCGCAUACAACGGUGACCGACUUUUGAUUAAUCGUACCAUUGGGAAGGACGAGAAUGCGCUGAGGGUUGCUAAUCUUCAGCCUGGAUGCAAGUAUACAAUCAAAAUCACCACGGUGAGCGGGCAAACGUACAGCAAGCAGGAGAUCACGGAGUGCUGGACCAGCUCAGAGCCCAUUAUCAUUGGAGCGACUGUGGGCUCUCUGCUGGGUCUGAUCCUAAUUGGAGUAUUACUGUUCAUCAUCUAUAGAGUCAGGUUUCAGAGGAAGAAACCCGAGGCAGAAUUUUUGUCAGAGAUUGCCCUUUCUUCAGCAUACAAGCCCAUUCCUGUGAGUGAAUACAAGAGCUACGUGCAGUGCAACAAAAUUUCUGGCUUUUCUGAAGAAUAUCAGAGUCUGGAGAGAGUGGGUACUGACCAGUCAAAGAAAGCUUCCAAACUUGCGAGCAAUGCAGUGAAGAAUCGAUAUACUAACAUCUUCCCAUAUGACGCUACCAGAGUUAAACUUAGCCGACAGCCCGGUAGCAGCUCUUCCGAUUACAUCAAUGCAAGUUACAUGCCUGGCUACAAUCGCGAAAAGGCGUUCAUUGCUACACAGGGACCCCUGCCGAAUACAGUGGUGGACUUCUGGCGCAUGAUUUGGGAGCAGAAGUCAGAGGUCAUUGUGAUGCUGACCAAAUGUGCGGAGCAAAAUCAGAGCAAAUGCGAACAAUACUGGCCAAAGGAUGACAAGACUGAGGCCUACGGGGACGUCACGGUGAAUGUCAUUUCAGUGAACCUCUGCUCUGCUUGGACAACCAGGAAAUUUAAUAUCGAAAAGGCGGGAUCCUCAGAGUCACGCAGAGUCACGCAGUUCCACUUCACUUCCUGGCCAAACCAGAAUGUUCCUAAGACCACAGAGAACCUGCUGCAGUUCCACGGGAUGAUCUGGAAUCACCUGAACAGGAGUCAGGGAGGAAUUCCUGUUGUACAUUGUAGCUCUGGUUCAGGGCGGACUGGCACUUUCAUAGCCCUUGUCUAUCUCCUGCAACAGGUAGAAAAGGAGGAAGUGGUUGAUGUCCACGGAGUCGUCAGUAAGAUUAGGAUGAAUCGGUCGUGCAUGGUCCAGUCUGAGGCUCUGUAUAUCUUCUUACACCAGUGCAUUCUGGACACAAUUGAAAGGAAAUGGAAUACUGAUCACACCUAUCAGAACGACGAGGGCCACGUCUAUGAGAGCAUCAGAGACAGCAACGAAUAUCAAGCUGUUAUUUAAGAGCUGCCGGACUGUCCCAGCCAGUCACGUUGCCAUGGAUACAUGUUGCACUCUGCCUGUAAGCGUGUUUGUGUUUACUUCCCCCCUCUUUUCUAGCACCAUAGACGCUGUGGAGACCACACUGAAAUCGCCAGAGUGUUAGAUUAACUCAAUUUCUCGCAUGUACAUCGAAACCUACAGUGAACCGCAUCGCUUGCGCCAAAUCAAACCAGCACGGACUGUGCUGGGGGGCAGCCCGCAAGUGUCACCGACACACCAUGUCCUCAAUCCACUAACCCAAUCUCUAACCUGCACAUCUUUGGAAUGAGAGACCCAGAGCAUCUGAAACAAAACCCUCACAUACAAGGGAGAACGUACAAACUCCUUAGAGACAACAGUGGGAAUCAAACCCCCAUUGUUGAUUACUGGCACUGUAAUAAUACUCUAAGACGAUAAGAUACAGGAGCUGAAUUAGGCCGUUUGGCCCAUUGAGUCUGCUCCGCCAUUUCAUCAUGGCAAAUCCAAUUGUCCUCUCAGCCCCAAUCUCCUGCCUUCUCCCCAUAUCCCUUCAUGCCCUGACCAAUCAAGAAUCUAUCAACCUCUGCCCUAACUAUACAUAAAGACUUGACCUCCUCAACUGCCUGUGGCAAUGAAUUCCACAGAUUCACCACUAUCUAGCUAAAGAAAUUCCUCCUCAUCUCCAUUCUAAAAGGACAACCCUCUAUUCUGAGUCUAUGCCCUCUGGUCUUAGACUCUCUCAUCAUUAGAAAUAUCCCCUCCACAUGUACUCUAUUGAGGUCAUCCACAUUCAAUAGGUUUCAAUGAGGUCACCCCUCAUUCUUCUAAAUUCUAGUGAACAUGGGGCCAGAGCCAUCGAAUGUUGCUGCGACAUCUCCUUUCCAAUUUUUUUGUAGUCAUUAGGGUACCAUUACUGCACAGUUAACUGCGUCCAAACUCUCCAAAUCACCGUCUGUGCAUUCUGCCUCCAGUUUUCUAUCUGCUCCAGUGCAUCAGUGUCUGUCUCGGUGUUUGCGUGUAUCUCCAUCUGCAUCAGACUACCCCCGACGUCUCUGCCUGUUUCAUUAUUUCUGUCUGUAUCUCACACCGUUUCCACCAACCCCUCAACGUCUGUCUCACUCUCUAUAUGUGACUCACUGGUCUGUCUACAUCAAACUCUCUCUGUCUACGUGUCUGUCCUGUGUUUUGUCUCUAUCCACAUUCCCUCUAAAUGUUUUUUUUAACCACUGCAUGGACCAAUCACUGCUCCGAGCAGGAAAUUUUUGCACGGUCUGAAAACUGAAUGGCACUUUAAAUGUUUUUUUUGUAAUAUGCAUACUAUGAAUAUUUAGAACGAAGAUUGAAAAAUCGCAUCCUUAUGAUUUUAUGUGUUAAUUGGGGAGUAUAUUGAAGUACAGUACAGCAAAGCAAAUCGUUCACAUUUUGUAAACUUUUUCUCAUCUCUGUUAGAGUGUUUUUUGGGUUUAGCCCAUAAAGCAAAUAGCUGUUUUUUCUUUUUUUCUCUCUCCCUCUCCCUCCCCAUCCUUUAAAAGACAGUCAGCUUGAUUGUGAGUGUGUGCAUUAAAUAAAAAGACUACUGUUCA